AUGGGAGACCGCAAAGAGCGCGAACGAGAGCUCUUCGGGAGCCCCAUCUCGAGCUCGAGCGACGACGAAAGGGACGAGGGCACGGCGUGGAAGAGGCGGCCGAAGGAGCCCACACCGCCACCACCACCACCUAGGGAGCGGAGGGUGCCUCGUCGGGGGACCUCCAUCCAGCGGUCCGACGCCGACCAGCGGAGAAAAGCGAGUUUUCUCGCUCAACUCCCCCCACCACCACCCAGGGGACGCCGGACUCGGAGGAGGCCCCCCGAGGGGUACGCCGUCAAGGCUCCCCCCGCGCCCCCUUCCACGCGCCCCGCCCCACCACCGCCUGCGCCACCUCACGCCGCGCCGCCCAGGCCGCUCGCGGCCGUUACGCCGCGACUAAUCGCGCCACCGCCGGCGCCACCGACCGCGCCACCCAUUGCGGCGCCCCCGGCGCUACCGACCGCGCCGCCGAUCGCGUCGCCUCCGACACCGCCCACCACGCCGCCACCAGCACCGGCGCACCACGGCUACCGCACGGUCCGGCCCGCACCGCCCCUCCCGAACGGAACCAGCCCGGCACCGCCGGCGGGGUACACCCCCCCGGUGCGCGUGGCCUUACCGAACGGGAGGGUGGUGGCGGUGCCAUUCCACGCCGCCGUGGUGCGCCGUAAGUACCGGGUGACUGACACCGGCGAUCGAUGGAUCAUCCGCUUCGAUCGCCGGGGUCAGCCCCGGGCAAUCCGGCCGUUGCCACCCGCGCCCACCCCCCCUAAAAAGGGGGGGUGA